AUGGCGUCUUUUCUGUUUGCUAUCCUUGUUCUCUCAUCAUCCCUUUGCCUUAUUGAUGCUCAUAAUGGUGGUUUCAGUGUUGAGUUAAUCCACCGUGACUCGGUUAAAUCUCCCUUUUACAAUCCUUCCGAAACCGCCUCUGAUCGUAUCACCAACGCCUUGCGUCGUUCCUUCAAUCGUGUUAAUCACUUCAAGCCAAGUUCUGUCUCGACAAAGACGGUGGAAGCUGAUAUUAUCGUCAAUUCCGGUGAAUAUCUGAUGAAUAUAUCGAUUGGCACCCCGGGUUUCGAUAUCGUUGCAAUAGCUGAUACGGGAAGUGAUCUUAUUUGGACUCAAUGCAAGCCUUGUUCUCAGUGUUUCACACAGGAAGCUCCACUAUUUGACCCUAGUAAGUCGUCGACUUACAGGAAGCUUUCUUGCUCUGCAAGUCAAUGUGGCAGUUUUCAACAGAGCUCUUGUUCUACUGAUGAUACUUGCCAAUAUUCAGUUGGUUAUGGCGAUAAAUCUUUUUCGAGAGGCAAUCUUGCUGCCGAUACACUCAACUUGGCUUCGACAACCGGUCGGCCUGUGGCUGUUCCUAAAACAGUCAUCGGUUGUGGACUCGACAAUGGUGGAACAUUCAAUGAGAAAUCCUCCGGAAUUAUUGGCCUUGGAGGCGGUAAAGUUUCACUUAUUUCCCAAUUGGGAACUUCCAUUGAAGGCAAAUUCUCCUACUGCUUGUUGCCAAUUUCUGAAACAGGGAAGUCCACCAAAUUGAACUUUGGCUCCAACGCAGUAGUUUCAGGUGCUGGAGUUGUUUCGACUCCAUUGGUCAAAAGCACACCCGACACUUUCUACUACUUGACCCUUGAGGCCAUCAGUGUCGGAACCAAGAGAAUCGAUUUCACCGGCUCCUCACCCGGUUCAGGUGAAGGCAACAUAAUCAUCGAUUCAGGCACUACUUUGACGUUACUCCCAUCGGAUUUUUACUCGGACCUCGAGUCGGCUGUUGAUAGUCAGAUUAAUGCCACAAGGGCUGAAGGUCCUCAGGGUCUGAGUUUAUGCUACGAAGCUCAAAACGACAUCGAAGUUCCUGCUAUCACCGUGCAUUUCACCAAUGCCGAUGUCGAGCUGAAGCCAUUGAACACCUUCGUCAGGGUAUCUGAUACAACCGUAUGCUUCACUUUCACUGCAAACAAUGAUUUUGCAAUCUAUGGAAAUUUAGCACAGAUGAAUUUCUUGGUUGGAUAUGAUACUGAAAAGCAGACGGUGUCGUUUAAGCCAACUGAUUGCUCCAAAAAUUAGCCUUC